CUUUAUCAAUUCUUCAAAAUAGAAAUUAGUUGAAAUAUACACACACAGACACACACACCAGAUCCCUAUAAUAGGCGUCGGCUUAGGAAACGAUUCAUCAAAAAAAACAAAAAAAAAUUCCCAUAUAUUCCUUAUAAAUAAAAGUUGUAGUGGUUCAAAAAGAAACAAUCGAUAUAUCGAAAUAAUAGGCGGCACAUAUUUAACACAAUUGUAAUUACUAAACACAGAGCAUCAGUAUCGCCGUCUGUCAGUGUUCAAUUCUCUGUGUGUUUGUGUGUUGGAUUGCAUGCAACCCCAAACCCAAUAAAAAAACAAAAAAAGACUAAAAAUCGAAACCCAAAAAAACUUACUGAAAAAAACUGAUUGUCUCUGAUAGAGAUUAUCAUCAUCAAUGUAAUCGUCGGUUUGUUGUGUGCUCAAAUUAUUUGCCAUCCGUUUUUAAAUAAUUCCACUGGUUAAUUGAUCAAUUUUUAUUUCUGUUGCCAUUGAUUGAUUAAUAUCCGUGAAUACAUUGAAAUAUUCAAGGCAAGAUGUCGACCGAUGAUAAUUCGAAAAAUAACAAUGCAGACAAUAAUAAUGGUGGCGAUGGUGAUGAAAUGAAUCUGAAUUAUAAACCACCGGCUGAGAAAUCCCUAUCCGAUAUUGUCUCAACAGAUAAAGAUGAUGAAAGUCUAAUGAAAUAUAAAGAAUCGCUUUUGGGUAAAGCAAUCCAAGACGUAGUGAUUGUUGAUGAAACGAAUGCUAAUCGUGUGAUUGUCAAAGCAUUAUCAUUGUUGGUUGAUGGCCGUCCCGAUAUGGUCAUCGAUCUUAGCCAAGGUGUUGAAUGUGUGAAGAAAAAAGUGUAUACCAUUAAGGAUGGAAUCGAAUAUCGAAUUAAAAUUGAUUUUUACGUUCAACGCGAAAUUGUUACCGGUCUUAAAUUUCAGCAAAAAAUCUAUCGCCAUGGUAUGAAAGUAUUGAAAACGACCAAUAUGGUUGGAUCUUAUGCACCUAAACAAGAAUUACAAUCAUAUACGACACCUGUUGAAGAGAUGCCAUCCGGUAUGUUGGCACGUGGUACCUAUACGGUUAAAUCAUUAUUUACCGAUGAUGAUGACAAUGAACACCUCAAAUGGGAAUGGUCAUUUGAACUGAAAAAAGAUUGGGAUUAAAUUACACUCGAUUCAUAUCAUUUAGUACACAAACCUUGAAAACGUUCAACGGUUAUUUGCCAAAAAAAUAUCCUUCGUCAUUUUAUCAAAAAAAAAUAUCAAUGUUAUUCACCCAACAGUUUCUAACUCCCUUUUCCGAAAUUGAAUCAUUGUUGAUUCUUGAUUGCUAAAAUUUGAACUUAAUCAAAACACACACAAACACUUUUGCUCACCCUUUUUUCUCAUCAUUACAUCAAUUUGUCCUCCACAAACACAACAAACACACACACACACACACACAAUGUUAAGGUUUUCCAGACACACACCUACACAUUUAUACAUUGAAUUGAUUUGUACGAAAAUGAAACUUCCAUAAUGAAUGCAUAUGGUUUUUAAUUUGAAUAAAAUGAUUUUUUAAUUUUUAAGAAAA